UAAUUCCGAUCUUAGGUAGUAAAAACAAAAUGGACGACGACUUUGACGACGCCGAGCUCCUCCAAGCUCUCGCCGCCUCCGAAGCAGCAGCAGCCAGACAACAACCCCAACGCCCACCAGCACCACCAGGUCGCGGCAUUGUCCAACCCACUCCCCAACGCCUUGACAAACCACCACCCUCCAACUCCUCCUCCUCUUCCACUGGCCCGCGAAUAGUCCAACCCACCCCACAAGCCCUCCCCGGCGCCCGCUCCUCCUCGGGCUCCUCCAUCCUCGUCUCCCCGCGCCAAAAAGGCAACCCCGUGCUCGCCUCCAUCAAGUCCACCGCGUGGGAAUACUCCGACAUCCCCGCCGACUACGUACUAGGCACCACCACCUGCGCCCUUUUCCUGUCUCUCAAAUACCACCGUCUGCACCCAGAAUACAUCUACACGCGCAUCCGCCUGCUGCAGCAAAACCGGUACAACCUGCGCAUCCUGCUCACGCUCGUCGACAUCCCCAACCACGAGGAGCCCCUGCGCGAGCUCUCCAAGACGUCCCUCGUCAACAACGUGACGGUCAUCUUGUGCUGGUCGGCGCAGGAGGCGGCGCGCUACUUGGAGCUGUACAAGUCGUACGAGCACGCGAGCGCGAGCGCGAUCAGAGGCCAGCAAAAGACGACGUACGCGGAGCAAAUGGUGGAGUUUGUGACGGUGCCGAGGAGCGUGAAUAAGACGGAUGCGAUUGCGCUGGUGAGUACGUUUGGGAGCUUGCGGAAUGCGAUCAAUGUGGCGACGGAGGCGAAUGGGGAGGAGCGGUUGGGGAACGUGCAGGGGUGGGGAGAGAAGAAGGUGAGGAGUUGGAGGAGGGCGGUGGAGGGGAGUUUUAGGGUUCGGAAGGCAGCGGCGCAGGGACGGAAGAAGGCUGCGACGGGUUCCGGUUCCGGGUCA